UGCUAUAUUUUAUUUUUGAAAUACAAAUUUAAGGUGCCCUAAAUAAAAUUAAUGAUCUGUCACAAAUUUAACUGCCAUAAAUCUACCAAAUGUGUAAAAUUUACAAGUCUUUUCCAGUAGCUUUCUUUUAUAUUGAAAGCCUAAAUCAAAGAGUACAUGGUCUACCUACACGAAAUGUCACCAUGUGUAAAAUUUACAAGUCUUUUCCAGUAGCUCAGUUUAUUAUGACAGCUUGUCAAUUGUCAAUGUCAUGUAUAUCAAAAAGAAUUAAUUGUUUUCAAAACUUCUGUGAAUCACCGGCUGUUCAAAUAAAUUUGAUUAACAGUGAAAAAAAGUAUCUUGUGAAUUAAAAUACCUAAAAUACUUCAUUAGAACGUAAAAAAUGGUUCGAGUGAUAACUCAGGAAACUUACGAUGACGUUGUAAAGGAGAAUAUGGAUGAAUUUGAUAUGAGCCCCGAGGAGGCUAUUAAAGAAGCAAUUGCUCAAUUUGAAGCACAGGGUGUGGAUUUAUCUAAUAUUAUCAAGGAUCUAAAUUUAAACACUGGUGAAGAACAUCAAGUGAGUUUAACCGUUAAAAAACUCAAGGAGUUGUCAAAUGCAGCCCAAAACAAUGAUGAACCAAUUGGAUAUAUUGAUGGUGUAGCAUUCAGAGAAUGCAACAAAGAUAUUGCUCAUAGAGUAAGAGCAGGCAAAUAGGGUAUUUAUCCUGCGCUUAUAAAUUUACUAGAUUUAAAACAGAAAUCUUACUUGAAUGUUAAUAGUGAAAAAGAUGCUGCUUCUAUUAUAAAAGUAAUAAACACAUUGAUCGCUUUAAUGAAUUCACAACCAGAUUUACUGGAUAGAAAAGGUGUUAAAAUUAUUAAAAAAAAUCUAGAUGAAAUGGAAGAUGAAUCUAUUUUAAUAGCAACAUUAAAAUGGACCGCUGUGUGUUGUGUUAAACAUGAAAUGAACACACAGAUGAUAUUUGGUGCUGGCAUUGGACGGAAUUUGAACAAUUUAUUGAAUAAAACUAAUAAUAUAGAGUUAAUAAGUGAAUGCCUACAAGUUAUCAGAAAGUUGACUUUAGACGACGACUUGCGCGUGGAGUUUGGCAAAGCUCACGAACAUGCUCGUGAACUUGGCGCGGAGCUUCUUGAUACGUUGACUAGAUUGCUUGAAAAUAACAUGAAGCCACCGUUGGUAAGUGAUGUGAUGUGUACAAUCGCGUGCCUGCUGGUGCGACACGAGCUGUGCGCGGUGGCGGCGGAGCGCGGCGCUGCUGCUCUCUUCACUGUGCUGGCUGACAACUACGAUGACGUCACCGUUGUACAUCAAGCCACUAAGCUAAUAACAGCGUUGGCUGGCAACGAUGACGUCAAACGACAGCUAAUGAAGAGCGGAAUUGUGCCUAUCAUUGUCUCAUUGCUGAGUAGAUUUGCUGUAAGUUUUUUUAGACAUAACAUUUCUCUCACUUUUUCCAUACCAUGUCCCUUUCUUUUCAUAUCAAUAGCCUGUGUUCUUCCAGACUAG